CCUUCGUCUGCAGUUCACUGUUUGUAUAUCACUGUUUGUAUUGAAAAUGUAUGGUCGUUGCGUUGUGCUGUGUCGCUGCAUCAAGUCAAACAGAGUAUGCGAAGAAGCAGGUAGCAGGCAAAAAUAAUUUGAAUGCUGUGUCAAAGACAGCAACGACCAUAACAGUUGCAGCAUCAAUAACAACAGCAACAACAUCAAGCUCAACAAAGACAGCAACGACAAUAACAGAGGCAGCAUCAACAACAACAGCAACAACAAGCUCAGCUGUCAAAAGGGUUGGUUUGAGAGUUUAAGGCAUAAAGAGUCGAUCAAGACUGAGAUAGACACAAAUGCUGUCAGUACAAACGCAACACCUCAGAUCUGUUCACAGUUUGUGCAAAACAGUUCUGAGGUAUAGAGUUUGUACGUUGCCAAUACAAUUUUCAACUAUGACUCAGUUCCUUUAGAUUAUUUUUUUUUUGCAAAUAAAACUUAUGUUUACAAAAUAUUCAUAUUAUUCAAUUAUAUAUCAAACAAUUAUAUUUAUAAGUUUGGAUCUGCUUUUUCAAUAAUGUUUACAAUAAUUGUUGUUCAAAAACAGUUCUGCGGUGUCGAGUUUGUAUAGUGCCAAUAUAAUUUUUAACUAUGACUCAAUUCC